AUGGCGACCAAUGGGAAUUCCGCAAAUGGCACGGGCGCCGAGAGGAGCAAGACGGGCAUCAAGGUGAUCAUCGUCGGUGCAGGCUUCGGCGGUCUUGCUGCUGCCAUUGAGUGCCACCGCAAUGGCCACGACGUCGAGAUCUACGAGGCCUUCCCCGAGCUCAAGGUGCUCGGCGACAUCAUCUCGUUCGGCCCCAAUGCCGGCCGCAUCUUCUACCGCUGGAACAACGGCCAGGUGGCCAAGCGCAUGCGGGCGCUGUCCAUCGACCUGAGCAGCUACGGCUUCAACAUCCACAAGUACGACACAGGAGAGAUCGUCAUCAACCAGAAGAACCCCCGGUACAGCGAGGAGUCGGCCGCCUACAACGGCCACAGAGGCGAGCUUCACCAGGUCAUCUUCGACUACGCGAGGGACGAGCUGGGCAUCCCCAUCCACCUCAACAAUAGGAUUGAGCAGUACUUUGAGGAGGACGAACAGUCCGGUAUCAUCCUUGAAAAUGGCGAGAGGGUCACUGGUGACAUUGUCAUCGCAGCAGACGGCGUGCGCUCAAGGGCUAGGGAGAUUGUGCUCGGUUACGAAGACAAGCCGAAGAGCAGUGGCUAUGCAGUCUGGCGCACAUGGUUCCCCAACAAGGACAUGCUCGCGGACCCCCUCACGGCCCACUUCUGCAACAACGGCGACACUUUCAACGGCUGGAUCGGCCCUGACAUGCACUUCCUGUUCAGCACCAUCAAGAACGGGUCCGACUGCUGCUGGGUGCUGACGCACCCAGACACGCACGACAUCAAGGAGUCGUGGAGCUUCCCAGGCAAGCUGUCCGAGGUCAAGGAGGCCAUCAAGGACUGGGACCCGCUGGUGACGCGGAUCGUGGAGAAGACGCCCGAGGACCAGCUCGUGGACUGGAAGCUGGUCUACCGCGACCCGCUGCCGACCUGGGUCAGCCCCAAGGCCCGCGUCCUCCUCCUCGGCGACUCGGCGCACCCCUUCCUCCCCACCUCGACCCAGGGCGCCACGCAGGCCCUCGAGGACGGCGUCACCAUCGCCAUCUGCCUCAGGCGGGCCGGCAAGGCGGGCAUCCCCGCGGCGGUCAGGGCGCACGAGAAGAUCCGGUACGAGCGGGUAAAGCAGGUGCAGAAGACGGGCGAGAGCACGAGGGAUAUGUGGCACAAGGCCGACUGGGACAAGGUCAAGGAGAACCCCGAGAGCAUCCAGCUGCCCCGGGCGGAGUGGAUCACCAACCACGACGCCGAGAAGCACGCCGAGGAGGUGUUUGACGCCGUGCUCAAGGAGGUGUCGGCGGCGUAG